UUGAGCCAUCCCAAACUGAGUGGGAAUCCUGCCACUCGCUCGUGUACUGUCCCCUGGGUUACCUGGCACUGGCAUAAGAGUGUAAUGAUCACAGCUUCCCGACAGGACUUCAGCUCAGGACCUGCAGCACCAAAGCACAGGCCCCAAAGUACAGGCCCAGAUAAAGGAGUAACUCCCUCCUAGGGCAGCAGUAGUAGGCAUUUAUCCUUCACAUGCACUGACAAUUAGUGGGGAACAGACACUCCCUUCACAAGCACAUUCAUCCCCCAUGCGUGGCUGGGGGCACAGGCCUGAGAUCGGCUGCUUCAGGUGCACAUAGGCCAGGGGAGCCGAAGCUUGGCUGGAAAUCUGCCCUCCAAAUGUGGAGUCCUGUCUGACUCUCCCAGUGGGAUAGACUGUGUGCAGUGGGCUUUCUGGGGAGAGCAAAGACAGGUGGGGCCCUGUUGCCAAGAGGAGUUUGUAGUAGGUCCCCUGCGGGUACAAGUGAGUGGGUGAGCUGUAAUACCAGGGGCUGCUAUGACCUGGGGGGGGGGUGUCACACGCCAGGGCAUUGGUUCAUCACCUGGCUGGGUAACUCCACUUGCUCUGGUUUCUCCUCUGCUCUGCACGCAGACUCUGAAAACCAUGGAUGAGAUGCUGAAGGCCUUGGUGUGCGAGGAUCAGGAGCCCAACCUUCUGGUGCUGCAAAUCAUCUUGAAGGUCCUGCUCCCCUGGACCACAUCCAAGGAGGUACAUGAGCGGCUGAGGGCAGUGGGAAGGAUCAGGUGGCUGAUGGAAUUCAUGGGGUCUCAGUGCAAAUUCCAGGAAGUGGAGGAGUUCAGAGUCCUGGGCCAGCUGGUGGGGUGUCUCACUCUGUGCUGUGUGGAGCAGGAGCAGGAGAUCUGGCAAUCGGCUGUGGAGGGACUUCACCACCUCUUCUCCUUCAUGCAGCUGCUAAAAUGUAAGAGCACUGGAGACCCUUGUCCUUCCUAAAUACACUGACAUGGGGUUUCCAACACGAAAAACAUAUUUAUUGAACACUUCCACCUUUUCUGCAACCUUUUAAACAGUCUCCAUCUAGUAAUGAGCCUACACCACUGCUACGAUUUCUUUUGUUCCUAAUACACUUUUUUUAAAGAAACCCUCCUUAGUCCUGCAAGCCAUGGAGUUUCCCCCGAUGUCUUUAGCUUCCUCUAUCCGUAUUCUACUCUUCAUAACUCACAUAAGAAUGGACAUACUGAGUCAGACCAAUGGUUCAUCUAGCCCAAUAUUGUGUCUUCAGAUAGUGGCCAGUGCUUCAUGUUUCAGAGGGAAUGAACUGAACAGGGAAAUUCUGAGUGAUCCAUCCCCUGACAUGCAGUCCCAGCUUCUGGUAGUCAGAGGUUUAGGGACAUGCAGAGUAUGGGGUUACAUGCCCUGAUUAUCUUGAAUCCAAUUAUACUUUUAGCCUUCACAACAUCCCACGGCAACAAUUUCCACAGGUUGCCUGUGCAUUGUGUGCACAGAUACCUUCUUUUGUUUGUUUUUAACUUGCUUCCUAUUCAUUUCAUAAAGUGACCCCUAGUUCUCCUGUUAUGUGCAGGAGUAAAUAACACUUCCCUAGUCACUUUCUUCAUACCAGUCAUGAUUUUAUAGACUUCUAUCAUAUCCCCCCUUAGUCAUCUCUUGUCUAAACGAAAUAGUCCCAGGUCUCUACUACAGACCUAUAUUGUUAUAACUAUAUUGCUCAGGGGUGUGAAAAAUCCACACCCCUGUCGGCAGGAGCACCUCUC